UUCAAAUCGGUGUAGACUUUAGACCAUCAAGCGUUCGACACCUCUUCAUCUUUCCGAAGAUCUUCAGCGUCCUGCGUUCAUUUCACUUAUGAAGAUGUGGCCAACGAAUCCCACCAGCAGUUCUUCAGAUUAUAAGGACUGUAAACCAAGCUUGGUGCCAUCUCCAAAAGCCUUACCUGGUCAUGAUGGGGUCUUUGGUUCACAGCCUGUUCCAAAAGAUUUACAGGCAAGCUAUCAAAGCAGCCUACGACCACGAACCUGCUCGGCGUCCAGCGGAGACAGUUACUUCGUAGAUUCUUUAUCCUUUGAGCGACUUAGCAUUUCUCCUCCAAACACUUUGCCCCAAAACGAAGAUAACAUUUUCAGUGCGAACCGAUCAGGCAGUCAAGAUAAUUUUCUUCAGUUUAGCCUGUUUGGAGAGCAGUCUGAGAACAUCAUGAAACAUGCCUCGGACGUUCAGAAAAGUAUUCACACAAAACUUUUCGAUUUAAUAGAGCAGCCGAGGGACUGUAGCAUCCUUCGUAGAGAUGUCGUAAUUGGGUCUGAAAGUGAGAGGAUGCACAGUGAAAAUAAAUACAAGAAACCCAUAUUACCUGUACCCAUUUAUCCUGAUGAAAUUACAAAUGAAAAUAUAGCGAGUAAUGUUCAAGCUUCUCAUGUUCAAAACCCAAAGAUAAAAUCAUCACCUUAUGGACUGUUUUGCUCAUUCUGCUAUUCAAACAAAGAGACAGAAUUAAUGUUCAAAGGACAUAAUUUAAGAACAAGAAAUAAUUCUGGUAGGAAUGUUUUGUCAUGCCCUGUUCUGCGGCGGCACGUGUGUGAAAACUGUGGCGCUACUGGUGAUUUUGCUCAUACUUUGACCCAUUGUCCUUUGCUGAUUAAACAACUCGGCCAGAAACCCAAAGCACUAGCGAAUACUUUAAAGGACACCAUUCGUGACGCAGCUGGCCGAGUUCGAAAAAACACUUUCAGCUGAGUUCUUAUUUUUAAAAGUUACAAUCUUAUUUAUCAGUGAAUGCUCUGUUAAAAUAAUAAAACAAAAAGCCAUGUCAUUACUGCAUCUUGAAAUUACAAAUUAAC